GACCCGGAAGCAGCUAGCAGCGGAGCCGCAGCGCAGCGGCCGUCCUCCGGAUUCCUCCCCCGCGCUCAGAGCCUCCCUGUCGGCGCUGACGGACGAUCUCCUCCGGCUCCACGGUGCCGGUGGUUCCGGGUGGUUCCGGGUGGUCCGGUGGUUCCGUGACCCAGUGGGAUGUUCGUGAGUCCGGGCUUUUCUGCAGAGAUCAGAGAUAAGGAGCAUCUCCGCGGCUCUUCCUCCUCCUCCUCCUCCUCCUCAUCGGCUGCAGAGGUGUGAGCGCCAUGACUGGAGCGGAGGCCGAGGACGACGUUCCUUUAGGAGAACGAAAGACCGUCACAGACUUCUGUUACCUGCUGGAUAAAUCCAAGCAGCUCUUCAACGGACUCAGAGAUCUUCCUCAGUAUGGACACAAGCAGUGGCAGUCGUACUUUGGGAGGACCUUCGACGUCUACACCAAGCUGUGGAAGUUCCAGCAGCAGCACAGGCAGGUUCUGGAUACGCGGUACGGCUUGAAGAGAUGGCAGAUCGGAGAGGUGGCCUCCAAGAUCGGACAGCUUUACUACCACUACUACCUCCGGACCUCAGAAACCAGCUACCUGAACGAGGCGUUCUCCUUCUACUCCGCCAUCCGCCAGCGCUCCUACUACUACCAGGUCAACAAGGAGGACAGGCCUGAGCUGGUGGUGAAGAAGCUCCGUUACUACGCCCGCUACAUCGUCGUCUGUUUGCUGCUCAACAAGAUGGACCUGGUCAAAGUUCUGGUGAAGGAGUUGUCGGAGGAGAUCGAGGACUACACCCAGCGCUUCAACACCGAGGACCAGCUGGAGUGGAACCUGGUUCUGCAGGAGGUGGCGGCGUUUAUCGAGGCCGACCCGGUGGUGGUUCUGAACGACGGCAGCAACUCGGUGUUUGUCACCAGCAACCGGCUGCAGGAGGGCAGCGUUCCCCCGCUGGAGCAGGGCAUGGUGGUGGGCCAGCUCGUCCUGGCCGACGCCCUCAUCGUAGGCAACUGCAACAACCAGGUGAAGUUCAGCGAGCUGACCGUCGACAUGUUCCGCAUGCUGCAGGCUCUGGAGAGGGAACCCGUGAACCUGGCAACCCAGACGUCCAAGCAGGGAACGCUGGAGCCCAGCGAGAAGCCGGCCAAGAGGGAGAACCCCCACAAGUACCUGCUGUACAAGCCCACCUUCAGCCAGCUCUACACGUUCCUGUCCGCCUCCUUCAAGGAACUUCCUGCCAACAGCGUGCUGCUGGUGUAUCUGUCGGCUACUGGAGUCUUCCCAGCCUCACAUCUAGACUAUGAAGCGGGUCCGUAUGACUUCGGAGGAGUUCUGACCAACACCAACAGAGACGUGGUGAACGGGGAGACGGUCCAGAAGAGGAACCAGGCCCAGAAAGAGAUGCACUGCCUUCAUCCAGGAGACCUCUUCGCCUUCACCAGGAAGCCUCUCUUCAUCAUCGUGGAUUCUUCGAACAGCGCGGCCUAUAAGAACUUCUCCAACCUGUUCGGCCAGCCGCUGGUGUGUCUGCUAUCCCCCACCGUCUACCCAAAGAGCGUCCAGGACCAGGCUCAGCGCGGCAGCCUCUUCACCCUCUUCCUCUACAGCCCCCUCCUGGCGUUCUCCUCCGUCUGCGGCGUGAACAGCGUCCGGCGGGGGCUCUGGGACCGCGCUCAGGAUUUCCUCCAGAAGGUCUUCCGGGACAUCGGGCAGAUGAUAACCCGAUCGCGCAGCAUCGAUCAGGCCUUUUUGCAGUUUUUUGGUGACGAGUUCCUGCGGUUGCUCCUGAUCCGGUUCGUGUUCUGUUCUGCUGCGCUGAGACUACACAAGCUGUUCCGGGAAUCCCGGAGCUUCCCGGAGUCGUACCCCGAGCUGCCGAAGCAGGACACGGUGGAGAGCGGCGUCCUCCAGAAGCACGUCCUGGAGCUGGCGGCCAUGUUGGACGCCCAGAGUCUGUUCUGGGACGACGCGCUGGAGAGCUACUAGCGCCGCGCCGUCACUCCCUCACAUCCUCCAUUCAGACGUUCCUCCUGGAUCCAGGUGUGAUGUUCUCAUCAACCCUCAUCACCUCUCAGCCUCGGCUGUCCUCACUGUGCCAGAUCAGAACCGACACGCGCCGUCUGACUUUUUCUAUUCGUCCUUCGCCGUUCCUGGAAAGCUGUUGAUUUUAGUGAAGAACUGGGAGGUCUCACCUGGAGGCGUACCUGCUCCGCUCUGGGGUUCUAGUUCCCAGGGUUCUGCAACGCAAAGAAACUUUUCCCCCGAGCAACAACCUGCAGCGUGCGGCGGACCGAGGCGUGUUGGCCUUCAGAACCAGAACCCCGGGUGGGUUUGGGUCACCAGCCAGCCGCCCAGACCGACGCCGUCGCUCAGCUUCUGUUUCGUCUGUGAGCUUUUAAAGCAGUUUUUCUUCUUGCUGUGUACGCAUGCCUGAAACAGUCUGUUCGCUUAAUUCCUUUAGAGAUAAAAGCACAAAACAUUUUACGACUUCAUUAAGCCAGAAGGUGAGAUUUAAAGUCUAAUUAGCAGCUCUGUGAUAGGUGGUUAAAGUAGGGUAAACUUAAUAUACAGGUACUGCUGAAUAAAAGUGACACGCGCACAGAUUCAUCACGCCUGAUAUAUUUCAAGCAUUUGGUUCUGGUUCUGGUAUCUAUCCCUGUUUCACGCCUUUUCCCUCUUUAUUAACUUUAAUAACCGGGCCUCAGCAGAACAUUUCUGCUGUGAAAUCCAGAUGAUUGUUCUGAUGUGAAAUCCAGAUGUUGGGAUUUCUUUAGCUGUCGGCCAAAUUCACAAUUAAUAUGAAGCUAAAAAAUGCUUGAAAUAUAUCACAUGAAUUUUUAUGAUACAUCAGAACGUCCAUCCAUCGUCUUCCGCUUUUCUGAGAUUGGGUCGCGGAGCAACAGGUCCAGAACCCAGUGCAUUGUGGGUAGCGGACCACAGCCUCCUAGAUGAUGUGAAGAUGAACCCGGUUUCAGUCGCUGUUCACAGCUGCUGAGCGGUUCUGGGAUCCGUUUGGACCCGAUGGACCUGGAUGUGAUGUUCCUUUGGUUAGAUGGACCCGCUGGUCUGAAACAGAACCAGAAUGAAGGCGGUUUGGACCUGAAUGACCCCCACAGGUUUCUGUUGGGUGUUUCUGGUACCAGCAGGUGGAGCGGGUUCUGCUGCGGCACCGGUGCUGAAAUGUUUCCUGUAUUUAUUGAUAUUGUCUGCGUGUAUGUGGCGUGUUUGAAGCAUGUAUGUGGCGUGUUUGAGGCGUGUUUGAGACGUGUAUGAGGCGUGUUUGAGACGUGUAUGAGGCGUGUUUGAGACAUGUAUGAGGCGUGUUUGAGGCGUGUUUGAGGCAUGUUUGAAGCAUGUAUGUUGCGUGUAUGAAGCAUGUUUGAGCGUAUAUGAGGCGUGAUUGAGGCGUAUAUGAGGCAUGUUUGAGGC